AGGAAGCAGCGCAGUAGACUGUAGACCUUACCAAUGGCGGACAACAAGAAGCGUCGGCGAGCAACUCAAAACUCCGACGACGCGGACGCCGAUGCGGUCCCAUUCAAAUCCAAGGUAAAACCCGACUCCGUUAUUCUCCAAACCCUCGAAACCCUAAAGAAAUCCGAGGCCGCCUCUUCAUCCGCCGCCUCCUCCUCCAAGGCCCUAACCCUUUCCGACCUUGACCUCUCGGCCAUCUGCCGCGAAGUCAGCGACCUCCCGCUCUCCGCUGUCCAGUCCUCCAUCGAGACUCUCAUUCUCAGCCUCGCCCGCUCCAUCCUCUCCGGCGAAGGCUUCUCCUUCUCCGUCCCCUCCCGCUCCUCCGCUAACCAGCUCUAUAUCCCCGAACUGGACCGCAUCGUCCUCAAGGACAAGACAUCGCUCCGCCCCUUCGCCAACGUCUCCACCGUCCGCAAAACCACCAUCACCACCCGCAUCCUCCAGCUCGUCCACCAGCUCAGCUUGAAGAACAUCCACGUCACCAAGCGUGACCUUUUCUACACCGAUGUGAAACUCUUCCAGGACCAGACUCAAUCCGAUGCUGUCUUAGACGAUGUCUCGUGUAUUCUGGGCUGUACGAGGUCCAGCCUCAAUGUGAUUGCUGCUGAGAAAGGGGUUGUUGUGGGGAGGCUUAUAUUCAGUGAUAAUGGCGAUAUGAUCGAUUGCACGAAGAUGGGGAUGGGUGGAAAGGCCAUUCCCCCAAACAUUGAUCGAGUUGGGGAUAUGCAGAGUGAUGCAUUGUUCAUCCUGUUGGUUGAGAAGGAUGCUGCUUAUAUUAGGUUAGCAGAGGACCGGUUUUACAAUCGAUUCCCGUGUAUAAUCGUGACUGCUAAGGGGCAGCCGGAUGUAGCUACGAGGUUGUUCUUGAAGAAAAUGAAGAUGGAGUUGAAUUUGCCUGUGUUGGCUUUGGUGGAUAGUGAUCCGUAUGGGUUGAAGAUUCUGUCUGUGUAUGGGUGCGGGUCGAAGAACAUGUCCUAUGAUAGUGCAAACUUGACAACCCCGGAUAUAAAGUGGCUGGGGAUUCGGCCUAGCGAUUUGGACAAGUAUAACAUACCGGAGCAGUGCAGGUUGCCAAUGACGGAGCAGGAUAUUAAGACCGGGAAGGAUCUGUUGGAAGAGGACUUUGUGAAGAAGAAUCCCGGGUGGGUUGAGGAGUUGAAUUUGAUGGUGAAAACCAAACAGAAGGCUGAGAUUCAGGCGCUGAGCUCCUUCGGGUUUCAGUAUCUAUCUGAGGUGUAUUUGCCAUUGAAGCUGCAGCAGAAGGAUUGGCUCUAAUGGUUAGGUUAGUUCUUGCAUACACUGUACUUGCUCUGGUCUUUGCCCGCGAAAACUAGGAGUGUUUGUUUCAUUGUUGUGCCGGUUUUAUUCAAGUUUGAUAUGAUUGUAAUACUUUGCAACAUUGGUUAUACUAUUGGAAACUUACUGGGCAUUAGAUUUGCUUUUA